AUGUCUUCGAUCGCUGCUUUGGCUACCCGCCGGGCUUUGGCUCGCCAGCCCAUCUUCCGCGCUCCCCCGCGCCGCUUUAUGUCCUCCAAGGUCGAGGAGGCCGGCCUCGACAACGCUGGCAAGAAGGACCCCGAGCUCUACGUUUUGCUCGGCGUCAUGUCCGGUGCCUUCCUGCUUGCUGGCUGGUACUUCGGCAGCAAGCCCACUUCCGUCACCUCCGAGAGCAAUGUCCGCAUCGGCGAGAGCGCCAUGCCGUGGCACGCCACCUCCGAGGAUGGCAAGGUCUACAAGUACCAGUACCACCCUCACGGUGACAAGAACCAGCCCCUUCGUGCUGCUCCCAGCGCCAUGAACACCGUCAUUGUUCCCAAUGUCACCCUGCCCGCGGACCUCCACGAGAAGUUCAACAAGUACGGCAAGGAGGAGUGGGAUUACUAA